AUGACUUUGGACGGCAACUUCACCUUCUCCAGCACAGAUGAAUAUACACAAUUGUUGACCGAAUUGCACACAGACUAUUGCCGUGAUCAGCCCGAAGAUGUGCUGCAAUAUUGUGCCAACUUUUUCAACCGUAAACUAGAAGAGCAACGAGUCAUGUUCCGUGAACAACGCAACCCCAUGUUCCAAGACGAGUUUCAUCCACUCGCUGGCAACGGAGCUCCUGAUACCCACCCUACUGCCCAAGAGCAUCUUAUGGACAGCGAUGACCACCGAGACGAUGAUUUCGAUGAUGAAGAGGAUGAUGAUUUUGAUGAUGAGGUGCGAGACAAGUUCACAACCGAGCCUUUGGGAGGACUUCCACCACCAGCAUACAAUCGUGAUCGACGAACUUCUGUGAGUGCAGAAUCCAUGGCACCUACUCAAGGACGUGACUUUGUCAAGCAAGUGAUUCCAAAGACACAAGAGCAAUGUGAGCGUAUUCGUGCUAGCGUCGGCAACAACUUUUUGUUCAAGAAUUUGGACGAGGAGCAGUAUCAGGAUGUGGUGAAUGCCAUGGCUGAGAAACGCGUUGCUUUGGAUGAAACGGUUAUUGAACAAGGCGGUGUGGGCGACUUUUUCUAUGUGGUGGAAUCUGGCACUUUUGAUUGUUACAUUAGCAAGGCAGGUGCGCCUCCCAACAAGGUCACUAGCUAUGAAGCAGGUGGUAGCUUUGGUGAAUUGGCUCUCAUGUACAAUGCCCCUCGUGCUGCUACCAUUGUCGCUACCUCGGAUGCUGUUCUUUGGGCUCUUGAUCGCGUCACUUUCCGUACCAUCCUCAUGGAGAACACUUCUCGUAAGCGUCGCAUGUACGAAUCAUUCUUAGAAGAGGUGCCACUCUUAAAAUCACUCGAACCUUAUGAGCGUCACAAGAUUGCCGAUGCAUUGGACACGGUUUAUUUCGAGGCUGGUGCAACAGUGGUGGUUGAAGGAGAUGUUGGUGAUCGUUUCUAUAUUAUCGAAUCAGGCGACGCGAGCGUUUACAGAUUGGGACCUGAUGGCAUGCAACAAGAAGUCAAUGCACUUGGUAGAGGCAACUAUUUUGGAGAACUUGCGUUGCUCAACGACACUCCACGUGCAGCAACCGUUGUGGCACAAGGCAGAUUGAAAUGCGCAACGCUUGGCAAGAAGGCUUUCACUCGUCUCUUGGGUCCUGUCUUGGAAAUCCUCAAGCGUAAUUCGGAGAAUUAUCACGCCAUCAUCAGCCAACAACAACGAUAG